ACAAUUUUCUGGCAAAUUUUUGUAUACCUAAUGAAAUAAUGUAAAAACUCACAGGUUUUUGAAAUUUUCUAUAACAAUGGCAAAUGAAGUAUCUAUUUUAUGAAUAAGGAUGAUAAGAAUCCUAGUAAAAUGUGAUUUUCUUCCUAGUUUAAUAUUAUUUGACUGUAUCAUAAGAUUUCUGCGAGGAAGAAGAAAAUGAAUUAAAUUGUAAAUAUGAAGUUAAAGAAAACGAGUGAAAAUGCUGUCGGCCUACGCAAGGUUCAUCGUACGUCAUUCGUAUGCGUUUCUUUUCACAGUGACAGUUAUUUGUACAAUUUUAACUGUUAUUCCACUGGUUUGUCACAGUAUUCCUUCAUUUUCCGAUCCAAUAACAGGAUUCGAAACGAGAGGUACCACCCUCGCCCACCGUUUCAUCGCGUGGGAGAAUUUAAUCGAUGAAACGAGACCGUCUAAAAGCCUUGCAGUCAACCCUCAGGAAAUCGAAGAUCAAAUACGAAUGAACAAGACUUACAAACAUAGAAAAAAGCAGGGAAGAGUUCGUUCGAGUCAAAAAGGCGCACAAAGACACAACAAAUACAAUAGCAACAUAGGAUUUGUGAAAACACUGUCCAAUUCAUCACAAACAAACUUUUCCUCUGAUCAUGUUCACUGGGGCUUCGGAAAGAAUACAACUUACGAGGAGGAGGAUACAGAACUGCUCAGGAACCAUUCUAGGGAGCAGUGGAAGUCCCUCAGGGACAUGCCCAACACACGUGACAACGUAGUGAACCAUGGCUCUGGGGUAUGUGGAGCCCCCGCUGCAGAUUACGCACACCUAGUAGUUACAUCCACUAACAGUAAGUCAAUGCUGUCUUUUGAGAAUGUUAAGCAGAUGUGUAACUUACAGUCCUCGCUCAUUAACAUAGCUAAUGAUGAGUACAAUAAAUUGUGCCAGAGAUCUCAUUCGAAUGAUUACUGUUGUUCUAUUUGGAGUGUGCCAAAUUAUAUAGCUUUAAUAUCUGGCAGGAAUUCAUGCCAUAAUAUAAGUAGAGAGGAUGUUAGGAAAACUAUACAUAUUUUAAAGAAGUGUGCAGGGUACUUUCAUAACUUUACCCUGAUGGAGUCCUGUGAGCUCAACCAAUGUAGAGUGCCAAAGUUCUGCACACAGUAUGAUGCUGUUUAUAAUUUGUUGUUCUAUAUUAUAGAUUCUGAUGCAUUUUCGCCAAAAAAUAUAUCUAAUACAUUUGUUAAGCAUGUGAUGAUCUUCCUGCCAUUGCCCAGUAGUAGUACUAUCUUAAACUAUUAUUUAAAGUUACAAAGCUCAAAAAUGGCCUAUGAAUCUCUUACUAUAUCUGCCGUAGAUUUUGGUCUAAAGAAUGCUCUUUUUGAUAUGUGGAUUAUUGAGGAUACGUGGUUGAUAGGCCUCGGCGGACUCUUUGUAUUUGUGUUGGUGUUUGUGUAUACUAAGUCAUUAAUACUUACUAUAAUGUUGUUUAUUGCCAUCACAUAUUCUCUCGGUGUGGCAUACUUCUUGUAUAUCUAUGUGUUGAACUUGGAGUUUUUUCCAUUUAUGAAUUUAUUAGUCAUAGUUGUUGUGAUAGGUAUAGGGGCCGAUGAUGCUUUUCUGUAUGUGAAAGUUUGGAAAAUGAUAAGCUGGCAACUGAUUAAAGAUAAUAUUGUCGAUGACAACUCUUUAGCAGAUAUUAAGAAUAUCUCGAGUGCUGGAGAAACUAUUCUCGUUCAAAUUAUAGAGGAAACUUUAAAACACACUGUGAUCGCUAUAUUUGUAACAACACUGACAACAGCAGUAGCAUUUUUUGCCUCAUACAUUAGUUACAUUCCAGCUAUCAAUUGCUUCAGUGUAUUUGCUGGAACAGCAGUAUUAGUGAACUUUUUUCUAAUGGUCACUUGGCUCCCUGUGACUGUGUUUAUCCUAGAUGUGAAAUUGUGUACAGGUAGAUGGUUUAAGUGUAGCGUUAUCAGUAGAACAUUUAAUGGAGCUACUGAGGAUAUCAAAGUUAUUAUUAAUAGGUUUCUGACUAUGUGCAUUGUGAGAUUGCACAUUGUUCUAGUAUUAUUGUUAGGUGCCAUAGGAAUUUACAGUAUUAUUGUAGUAUUUUAUUUUCCCGGUCUUCGACUUCCCGAUUCGCGACAGUUUCAAUUGUUUCAAAUCGAUCAUCCUUUUGAAAUUUACGAUACAAAGUAUAAGGACAAGUUUUUGUUUGAAAGAUUGAGCAGGGAUUCCGGAAUGGGUAUCAAAAUGCCGCUGCGGUGGAUCUGGGGUGUGAAGGCCAUCGAUAAUGGAAAUCAUAUGGAUCCCUUUUCUAAGGGACAUCUAGUAUUUGAAGAAGAAUUUAGUAUAUCGAGUCCAACUUCGCAGGUAUGGCUUCUAGAUUUUUGCUCAAGAAUAAAACGACAGCCAUUCUAUCAGCACACCCUAGGGCCCCUGCUGCCGAACUGUUUUAUCGAAAGUUUCAAAAUGUAUAUGAGUAGAAAAUGUAUAGAUACGAUCGACAAAAUAAAUAGAGCGCCAUGUUGCGAGUCCUCACGAUUCCCGUACAGGAAGGAAGUGUUCGACUUUUGCAUAAUCAAAGCGAUGGAGUCCCUCUACCAAACGUCGCGACAGCUUUUCUUGCCUGGAGUAGCAGGUCCGAAGUUUCUGCGGAAUAGGAACCCACCCAUAGUCGCAGCGAUCGUCGUAGAAUUCGAAAGUGUGAUACCGUAUUCCAUGUCUUACACUAAAAUGCACGAAUUUUUCGUUCAAGUGGAGAAUUGGACGAGAACCGAGCUGGAAAAUGCUCCAGCUGGUAUGAAAUACGGAUGGUUCCUAUCCGACUUGCAAUUUUAUGAUCUUCAGCAGACUUUGGCUAGCGGAACCGUAACGGCUCUACUGUUAUCCGCUGGACUAGGUUUCAUCGUACUUCUUCCGUCUACCUUCAGUUUUAUAUUGAGCACUUGUGCUCUCGUUGCUAUAAUAUUUUCGUGUACGGUGACGAUAGCAAUUCUGGUGGUGUGCGGAUGGAAGUUGAACGUUCUGGAAAGCGUAGCUAUUUCGACGUCGGCCGGUUUGGCCGUAGACUUCAGCUUACAUUACGCUAUUAGUUACACUAACGUCAGCGGCCCCAGGACGACCAGGGUGAAGUAUGCUCUGGCUGCCUCGGCUGGGCCUACGGCUGCUGCCGCGCUGACUACCGGUUCGGCUGGCAUAUUUCUCCUCCGCUCAAAUCUUCUUCCCUACUCUCAAAUAGGAGUGUUCCUAGCCCUAGUCAUGUCGGUAAGUUGGAUUUAUGCGACGUUCUUCCUGUGUUCGCUCCUGUAUACGUGCGGACCGGAGUCCUCAAAGGAGCCCCAAGUCGACGACCGGAAGGCGGUGUCCCGGGUUAGUUCAGUUUGCUCUGGUGUUCCAAAUCUUGAGAGUCACGAGUUGGAGCACUUGGCUGACAGCAAUCCGACGAACAUAACGCACUCCCAUAGCCCGUCUAGUAUGAGCGCCAUGACCGUCGUCCUUCACGAGGACGUAGAAAAUACGUAUAAAAGUGAUAACUGUAGUAACACAUUAGAUAACGACUGACUGUUUAGUGUUUACACUGUAGUGUAUUGCUAUCGAGCGUUAUGGCCGUUUUGUACUUAAUGCAGCAGUAUUAUUUUGUGACGCGUUAUUUCCAGUAUUAGUUUAUAAUGGUUGUUAUUGAUGUUAUAGAAUCACUGGACAAUAAUUAACACUAUAUAAUAUAUAUAAAUAAAUACAUGUAAGAUCUUGAUGAGCUUUCGCACACUUACUUAUAAAUUAUAAUUAAUAGACCGUAUUAGGUUGCUUUCUUUUCGAAUCUCUGUAUUAUUAUUAUUUAGGACGAUUAACUAUCGUUGAAGCUCAAACAUGUGAAGGUGUCAAUUUAUAUGAAUAUAAGUACAUUAAACAAUAUGUACCUGUACGUCUAUAAUUAUUAUUUACAAUGGAAAACUAUAUUUUGGAUAAAAUAUUACGUCUUCUGGUAAAAUGAGUAUUGGUAAGACUUAAGAGAUAUAAGAGAUAUAAUAAGAUUUUAUCUGUAAAGUUAUAUCCCUAUUCCCUUCAUAAUUUAUCCCCCAAAUGUAAUCGUCACUUAAAAUUAUAC